AGCGGAGAAGAAUUGGGUUGGGUGUCGGGUAUAAUCAGGAAGCUUCGGAUCCCCUUUGCCCUUUCUCUCUCCCUUGCUUAUAAACGCGGUAGCAAGCGAUGGCCAAGAAUUUUUUUUUUUGUAUUCCAUUGCGUUGAGAAAGAGAAGCCUUCUUGUUACUCCUUACCCCCUCGGAAGGAUUACCUUUAAUUUGUUUGUCUUGAUUGGACCUCUUGUUUAUUCUUCUUCAUCAUUAUAGUAAUUCAUUAGUAGCGUAUAUUGUCUUUUAAUUUUUUUUUCAACUGUAAAUAAAAUUCGAAAAUACCAAAUAGCUUAGACAUGGAGGAUAUGUCCAACCAACUCCAAGCUCCCAAUCCCAAUCACAAUGAAAACCAGAAUCAAAGGGAAGAGCAACCGCCGGAGGAAAGAGAGGAGCAGCAACAGGAAGAGGAAGAAGAAGACGAGGAAGAAGAAGGGAAGAAAGAAGACGAGGAAUUGAUGGCAAAGGCGCAGUCUCUCAUGGAAAAGAUCACUUCUUCUCCUGAUAACCCUAACCCUACCGUGCUCCAUGCUCUCGCUUGCCUUCUCGAAACUCAGGAGUCUCUAUACCUUGAAGAGCAUGGUCCUUCUUCCAGCAAUGGUCGUGCCUCUCAUAAUGUUGGACGGUUGGGGAACUUAGUCAGGGAGAAUGAUGAAUUUUUUGAUUUGAUAACAUCAAAGUUUCUUUCUGAGAGUAGAUAUUCAACCUCUGUCCAGGCAGCUGCUGCUAGACUUCUUCUAAGCUGUUCUCUUACUUGGAUUUAUCCUCAUGUUUUUGAAGAACCAGUUUUGGAGAACAUCAAAGCUUGGGUGAUGAAUGAGACUGCCAGAUUUUUUAUCGAAGAUCACAACUGCAAGCAUGAAUUGGCUAGAAAGGAAGCCUCAGAUGCUGAUAUUUUAAAAACCUAUUCCACCGGCCUUCUUGCCGUGUGUUUGGCAGGUGGUGGUCAAGUAGUGGAAGAUGUGUUGACUUCUGGAUUGUCUGCUAAGCUUAUGCGUUAUCUUCGUGUGCGUGUCCUUGGGGAGAUUACCGCAGGUCAAAAUGAUGCCUGCAAUUUAUCUGAAAGUAAGAGUUUAUCUAGCGCUGCUUCUUUCAGAAGUAGAGAUGAAGGUCGAGGGAGGGUUCGGCAAGUUCUAGAGACAACUCAUAUAGAUGAUUCCAGAAUAAUAGAUGAGAAAUCUUUAGAUGACCCUUGUGCUGAGCGGGAUCAAGAUCAAAGCACUGGUCAGCCAUCAAGUGGAGAGGAGUGUUGGGUUGCUGACAGACAAUUACCUGAUGGGGUGGCUGAGGGUGUUGACAUGCAUGUUGUGGAUGCAGAUAGUGAGGAAAGAUGGCAUAUUCGAGAUAUCCGUGAUGGAAAAAUGAGAUGUGGAGAAGUUGAUGAAAAUGGGAGAGAUGACUCCUCAAGGCGCAGGAUAAACCGUGGGUCAAGGUCUAGAGCUAAGGGAAGGACCACUGAAGGGAUUAUGGAGAAUGAACAAUCACUAAACUCUCCAGGAUCCGGUAGCCCUUUUGGGCUGGCGCGUAGUAUGAGAGACAGAAGUUUGUCUAAAUAUUUAGAUGCAAGAAAGGUGUUGGAGGCAAAGAAGUGUAUUGGAAAGACAAAUGCUGAUAAUCUUGUAGUGGAAAGAGAGGAUAAUGAUGAAUGCUUUCAAGGAUGCAGAGUUGGGAGUAAAGACUUCUCUGAUCUGGUAAAAAAGGCAGUUAGAGCUGCUGAAGCUGAAGCUAGGGCAGCCAAUGCACCUGAUGAAGCCAUCAAAGCAGCUGGUGAAGCUGCUGCUGAAGUUGUCAAGUGUGCCGCUUUAGAGGAGUUCAAAACUACUAACAAUGAAGAAGAUGCAUUAUUGGCUGCUUCCAAAGCAGCAUCUACCGUUGUUGAUGCUGCUAUUGUCACUGAAGUUUCAAGGGACUCCACUAGUACAAGUGCUGAUCCAAUAAAUAAAACUGCUGUGGAAACAGAAGUAAACCAGGAUGUUGAAGAGCACUUUAUUCCCAGUGUUGAGCUGCUUGCUCAGUUGAGAGAAAGAUACUGCAUUCAGUGCCUUGAGACUUUAGGUGAAUAUGUUGAAGUCCUUGGGCCUGUACUGCAUGAAAAGGGUGUAGAUGUAUGUCUUGCCCUGUUGCAACGAUGUUCCAAGGAUGAAGAGGCAUCAAAGGCUACUUCACUUUUGCCUGAUGUGAUGAAGCUAAUUUGCGCUUUAGCUGCCCAUCGGAAGUUUGCUGCAUUAUUUGUUGAUCGUGGUGGCAUGCAAAAACUGCUUGGUGUUCCAAGAGUUGCUCAAAAUUAUUUUGGUCUUUCUUCUUGCUUAGUUACUAUAGGUUCUCUUCAGGGAAUAAUGGAACGCGUCUGUGCACUUCCUUCUGAUGUUGUCCGCCAGGUGGUUGAGUUAGCUAUCCAACUUCUUGAAUGCCCACAGGACCAAGCUAGGAAAAAUGCAGCAUUGUUUUUUGCUGCUGCAUUUGUCUUCAGAGCAGUGCUUGAUGCUUUUGAUGUUCAAGAUGGCUUACAGAAACUACUGGGCCUUUUAAAUGAUGCUGCCUUAGUUAGAUCUGGGGCAAAUUCUGGUGCGUUAGGCUUGUCUGGAACAAUGUCAUUUCGAAAUGAUAGAUCGCCGUCAGACGUACUGACUUCCUCAGAAAAGCAGAUAGCUUAUCAUGCAUGUGUUGCUUUGCGGCAAUACUUCAGAGCUCAUCUUCUUUUGCUUGUGGAUUCCAUACGCCCAAAUAAAAGUAACAGAAGUGGGGCACGGAGUAUGCCAAGCACCAGGGCAGCAUACAAGCCUCUUGACAUUAGCAAUGAGGCUAUGGAUGCUGUGUUUCUGCAGUUGCAGAAGGAUCGAAAGCUGGGUCCUGCAUUUGUGAGAACUCGGUGGCCUGCUGUUGAGAAGUUCUUAAGUUGUAACGGACAUACUACUAUGUUAGAAUUGUGUCAGGCCCCUCCUGUUGAGCGUUACCUGCAUGACUUGCUACAGUAUGCAUUAGGUGUUCUGCACAUUGUUACAUUGGUACCUGUCAGCCGUAAGAUGAUUGUAAAUGCUACAUUGAGCAAUAAUCGCUCUGGCAUAGCGAUAUUUUUGGAUGCAGCAAAUAGUGCUAGUAGUCCUGUGGACCCUGAGAUUAUACAGCCAGCUCUUAAUGUGUUAAUUAACCUAGUUUGUCCUCCACCUUCAAUCAGUAAUAAACCAUCCUUACUAACUCAAGGUCAGCAGUUUGCUUCUGGCCAAACCACAAAUGGUCCUGCCGUGGAAACUAGAAAUGCAGAACGCAAUAUUUUGGAUCGAGCUGUUUACCUGCCUAACCAGAGUGAGAUGAGGGAGCGGGGAGAGUCAAGUUUGGUAGAUAGGGGCACUGGAGCAGCCACCCAGUCCACCAGCAGUACCGCACAAACACCUGUUUCCGCUUCUUCAUCUAGGUUGGUUGGAGAUCGUAGAAUAUCUUUAGGUGCGGGAGCAGGUUGUGCUGGCCUUGCUGCGCAAUUAGAACAAGGAUAUCGUCAAGCAAGAGAGGUUGUUCGUGCCAAUAAUGGAAUAAAGGUUCUACUGCAUCUCCUCCAACCCCGAAUAUAUUCACCUCCUGCUGCAUUGGAUUGUCUUCGUGCCCUUGCCUGCCGGGUCUUGCUUGGUUUAGCUAGAGAUGAAACAAUUGCACAUAUAUUGACCAAGCUUCAGGUUGGCAAGAAACUAUCAGAACUGCUUCGAGAUUCAGGUGGCCAGACACCUGGAACUGAGCAAGGCAGGUGGCAAUCUGAACUUGCCCAGGUGGCGAUUGAGCUAAUUGCUAUUGUAACAAAUUCUGGGCGUGCAAGUACAUUGGCAGCUACAGAUGCUGCUACACCCACAUUAAGGCGCAUAGAGAGAGCUGCUAUAGCUGCUGCCACUCCUAUUACUUACCAUUCCAGGGAGCUUUUGCUUCUCAUACAUGAACAUCUGCAGGCUUCUGGUCUGGCUGAAACUGCGGCUUCACUUCUGAAAGAAGCUCAGUUGACACCUUUGCCGUCCUUGGCUGCCCCUUCAUCUCUUGCACUCCAAGCCUCCACACAAGAUACUCCUUCAGGACAACUCCAGUGGCCCUCAGGUCGUAUUGCUGGUGGAUUUCUCUCCGGCAGAUCAAAGAUUGCUGCCCGUGAUGAGGAUAUUAAUUUGAAUUGUGAUUCAACACUAUCUUUAAAGAAGAAACCGCAUGUUUUCUCGCCAACUUUCGGGUUGCAACCAAGAAACCCCUUUCAUUCCCAAGAUUGCCAACCACCAUCUGUCAGGAAAGUAUUCACUAGUUCAAAACCAUGCCCUUUACCAGCAAGUGUUUCAGAAACUCCCUCGGAAUCUAUGCUGAAAAGUAACAUUGAUUCAGAAUCACAAUGUAAGACGCCUCUUGUGUUGCCAAUGAAAAGAAAGUUAUCUGAGUUAAAGGAUACUGGUUUGGCACUGUCUGGGAAGCGGUUCAACACUGGUGAUCAUGGACCGCGGUCUCCAGUUUGUCUUACACCCAAUACUACUCGUAGAAACUGUCUGCUUGGAGAUGCUGCUGCAUUCAUGCCAACUUCUACUUUAAGGGAUCAACAUGUUAGAGCAACAUCAAGCAGCUUAAUCGAUUUGUCAGAUGACAACCUGUGUGGUAGCUCUCAUGUGGGACAGAUGACACCUUCCUCCCAAGUUGGGCUUCUAAAUGAUCCCCAACCUUGCAACUCAGAACGUUUAAGUCUUGACACUAUUGUUGUUCAGUAUCUAAAGCACCAGCAUCGUCAGUGCCCUGCUCCAAUAACAACUCUUCCACCACUCUCUCUUUUACACCCACAUGUUUGUCCUGAGCCAAAACGAAGCCUCGAUGCACCGUCAAAUAUCACUUCCCGGCUUGGUACUCGUGAGUUCAGGAGUGUUUAUGGUGGAGUCCAUGGAAAUCGUAGGGAUCGUCAGUUUGUUUAUAGUAGAUUCAAGCCAUGGAGAACUUGCAGGGACGAUGCCGGCACUUUGUUGACAUGUGUUUCUUUUCUGGGGGACUCCUCCCAUAUUGCAGUUGGUAGCCACGUUGGGGAGCUAAAAAUUUUUGAUUCUAACAGCAACAAUGUGCUUGACAGCUGCACAGGACACCAGCUUCCUGUGACACUUGUUCAGUCAUACUUUUCUGGUGAGACCCAAAUGGUUCUCUCAUCAAGCUCUCAGGAUGUGCGGUUGUGGGAUGCCUCCUCUGUCUCAGGUGGGGCUAUGCAUUCAUUUGAAGGCUGCAAGGCUGCUAGGUUCAGCAAUUCUGGGAGCAUUAUUGCUGCCCUAUCUGCAGAUUCCACCCAGCGAGAAAUUCUCCUUUACGACAUCCAGACUUACCAGUUGGAGUUGAAGCUUUCUGAUACCUCAGCUAAUUCUACAGGUCGUGGUCAUGUAUAUUCCCUUAUACAUUUUAGUCCAUCUGACACUAUGCUGCUUUGGAAUGGUGUUUUAUGGGAUCGACGGGUUCCUGGUCCUGUUCAUCGCUUUGAUCAGUUUACAGAUUAUGGUGGUGGUGGUUUUCAUCCUGCUGGGAAUGAGGUUAUUAUAAAUUCCGAGGUUUGGGAUCUGCGGAAGUUCAGGCUACUCCGAAGUGUUCCUUCUUUAGAUCAAAUGACAAUAACCUUCAAUGCACGUGGGGAUGUAAUUUAUGCGAUCUUGAGGAGAAAUCUUGAAGAUGUGAUGUCAGCAGUCCACACCCGUCGUGUCAAGCACCCCCUUUUUGCUGCUUUCCGCACAUUAGAUGCAAUCAACUACUCUGAUAUUGCCACUAUUCCAGUGGAUCGAUGUGUUCUCGACUUUGCAACUGAACCAACUGAUUCCUUUGUUGGGUUGGUUACCAUGGAUGACCAAGAAGAUAUGUUUUCGUCAGCCAGAGUUUAUGAAAUUGGUCGGCGAAAGCCAACUGAUGAUGAUUCCGAUCCUGAUGACGCAGAUGAUGAUGACGACGAUGAUGAUGACGACGAUGAUGAUGAUGCUGAUGUAGACCCAAUACUUGGGCCAGAUCUCAAUGGGGAUGGUGAGAGUGAUGCCUAUGAUAUGAGCAAUGAGGAUGAUGACAGCGUGAGUGAGCUUGAUGACGAUGACGGAGAUUUUGUCAUGGAUGAUGUAGACGCCGAUGGAGGUGGGAUAUUGGAGAUUGUGACUGAGGGUGAGGAUGAUGACAGCCAGUUGGUCGAAUCUCUUAGCAGUGGUGAUGAAGAGGAUUUUGUGGGGAAUGGAUUUGGUUUCUAAUUUGAUAUAUGAUAGGCAAAAUUGUUGGUCACAAUGCUUCAUUUAGAAAUAGUCGAAAAUCAAAAUGUUUGUAAUUAUUGUUUGAUGGUAUUUAUUGUUUUUUUUUUUCUUUUGCCAAUUUUGUUACUUUUUGUUACUAUUAACCCUAAGAGGGCGGGAGAAAGGGUGCGUCGGUUCUCUGCAAGGUAGACAAUGGAGAAUAACCAUUUCUUUUUAA